GGUCAUAUGAGCGUCAUCAGCGGCUCCGGGGCCAGAGAGCAGCGGGGGACACCGGAGCGCCAUGUCACCGAGUCACAGCUGCGCUCGGCCGGGCAGAACAAGGGGUAUUUAACCACCGAAAGCACAUCGACAGGUUGCCGAUGAAGUGAUUUGUGUGUGGCAGAUGUAACGUGCAAACAAGGCUUUCCAUUGUUCUCCAGACGUUCUGUGCAGACUCUUGGCCUGGACUAGCGACCCCAGCAAACCACUGUAGCCAUGAUGUCUAAGUCAGCUCUCCUGAAGGUGAUCCUUCUGGGUGAUGGUGGCGUGGGAAAAUCUUCACUCAUGAACCGCUAUGUCACCAACAAGUUUGACUCGCACCUGUUCCACACCAUAGGCGUGGAGUUCCUUAACAAAGAGCUGGACGUAGACGGCCAGAAAGUCGUCCUGCAGAUCUGGGACACAGCUGGUCAGGAGCGUUUUCGCAGCCUCCGCACGCCUUUCUACCGAGGCUCCGACUGCUGCCUCCUCACCUUCAGUGUGGAUGACGGACAGAGUUUCCAAAACUUGGCCAACUGGAAGAAGGAGUUCACUUACUAUGCUGAUGUGAAGGACCCCGACAACUUCCCCUUUGUGGUGGUGGGCAACAAACUGGAUGUUCCCGAGCGUCAGGUGUCCGGAGAGGACGCUCGGCAGUGGUGUCGCGAAAACGGCGGACACCCUUACUUUGAGACGAGCGCCAAGGAUGCAACGAAUGUAGCAUCAGCCUUUGAGGAGGCAAUUCGUCGGAUUAUGGCUCUGGACCACAGAGAUGAUCACCUCAUUAACACCAAUACAGUGGACUUACAGAGGAAGAGUCCCCCUGAGUCCAGCUGCUGUUGAGCUGAGCCCUGAAUGCAACGUGACCCAGCCAGAGCUCAUAUGAUAAUUUAAGAGAUGCCACAUGAGUGUGCAAAGAAAGAGGAACUGGUAGGAACUGGUGGUUUAGCAACUUCUGUUCAGCACACCAUGUAAUAUCCUUGGUCAGACUCUUUGUUGGGAUCAGCAUUUUUAAAACCAAUCUUGAUAUAUUUAAGAUUUCGUGACAUUUUAUUCAGCAUUUUUACACCAUGAGGAAACUGUCGAAUUAAGAAUAAAGGACAGUUCAUGUAAUAUUUUUAGUGUUAUGGGUUUGAAGAUUUUAAACACUGUCCACGUUCACUGAAAGAAAACUACUAUAUGAGCAGUGAACUGGUCAAUAAUGAAGCACUCAGGAUUUCCACUACAGUUAGUCUAUGUGUGACGGUGGAGCGGUGACUGCAAAUUUCAGCUCACAAAAACAGAAGUCCUGAGAUUAUGUUUUGCGCAGUUACUGCGCAAGAGGAAGCACAAACUAUACAACCUUAUUUACAACAUUAUUGUGAGGUCAACUGUUGCAAUUUAACAUGGAUAAGCAAACCGGUAGCCCACAAUAGAAGAGCCCAUAAAUACUCAUAGACUUAUUUGGGUCAGAAAAAACAAAAAACAACAAACGUUUAUUUCUCUUGAAACCAGUGUUGAUGUUAAAAUUGUAGAUUUUCAUAAGUUGUAAAACAGUAAUUGAAUUAUUGGUUUCUUGUAUUCAUCAGUUGUUCUGUACGUUCAAAUGUGCCUUCAUCAAGGUGAAUGACACCCAUAUUUUUUUACUCUUAAAUGAAUAAAACGGCAGCCAACAAGGUAACUGGAUAAUA